AUGUGCUAUGUGGUGAAAAAGUCACCACUGUUAGAGCUGCUAACAGUGGUGACUGCUCCAGUAUCUUCAUCUUUCACUGUGAGCAUUAAAGGAACAACUGAGCAAAACUGUCAAACUGUUCAAACUGUCACAGCUGGACGUGGACAUGAUGUUACUCUGCCUUGUAAAAAUGUGAUACAAGGUCAGCAUAACUGUAACAGUACUACCUGGAUCUUCAGUGAUUCAAACAGCUCAGUAGAACUCUUUGAACUUGGGCAGAAUAAAGAAGCCAAACCUAAAUCAGACAGACUGAGUCUUUCUGCAGACUGUUCUCUGGUUAUAAAGAAGGUCACAGAUCAGGAUGUUGGUCGUUACAACUGCAGACAGUUCAAAACAGCAACAGGAUCACAAGAAGGUUCAGACUUUAUGAUUGAUCUGUCUGUUAUUAACAGUGAAGAUGUUAAAACAACCAAAUCAGCAACAUCACUGACACUGACAACAGCAUCAAAUAAUCCAUCAGCAGAUUCAGGUAUAGACUCGGAAAUGACAACAUCAACAACAGUGAAGUCCACCACAAGAAAAUCAAUGACAGCAGAACCAAGAAUUAAACCAACAUUAAAAAUAACAAACAUAUGUACAACAAAAGAAGAAGUAAAGACAUCAGAGGGGACACUGACAACAGCAUCAAAUAAACAUGAACAUGACGAUUUUCUGUAUUUGUUGAGAUGCAUCAUUGUGUCUGUGGGUUUAGCAGCUCUCUUAAUAUCUGCUGUUACAGUCAACAUGUGGACAAAAACUAAAGGAAACAAAACACAGACUGAAGAAAACACUGUGAGUCUGAACACUCAAUAGUCCUCUAUAUCUUUACAGAGUAAAAAAGGUGUUUUUUGUGCUUCUUUCUAGUUGUCACUGCAG